AUGAAAUCUCCUGCCCUGUGGAUGGCCAUCGGUGCGAUUCUACUCCUCGGCGGAAGUGUGAACGCAUGGGGUGGACUAUUCAAUAGGUUCUCGCCGGAAAUGCUAGCAAACAUGGGCUACGGUAGCCACGGAGGCUCUUAUCGACCGCAAUCGUUCCUCCAGAACGAGAUCCUCGAUGAAGAAAAGCAGAGCCCACGCUACGAACCGGACGAGUGCUAUCCUCGAGCGUGCUCCGCCAACGAGUACUGCUGCCCAGGAUUUAUCUGUAUAAUCAUAGACAACGUUUCACCUUUUUCAGUGAAUGGCGCGUGCAUGCCGAUGUACGGGCGCAAGUACGGGGAGCUGUGUAGGCACGAUUCCGACUGCGAAUCCGGGCUGGUGUGCGACAUUUCCGCCCUAAGCGGGACCAACGUGUGCCGACCACCAUCCAUCGUGGCGAAGCAGUACGGGGAAGAUUGCAUCACUUCCAGCGACUGUGAUAUUACACGGGGAUUGUGCUGUCAGGUGCAGAGAAGACAUCGGCAAGUGCCUCGCAAGGUUUGCUCGUACUUCAAAGACCCACUGCUCUGCGUCGGAACGGUUGCCGCCGAUCAGGUGAAGCACCAGAUCGAGCAUACGGCCGGCGAGAAGCGCAUCAUCUACAGUAAGCACUAAACGUAUCAGAACACAAAGCAUGCGAACUCCGGACCCGGAAAAACCCCGGAAGGAAAUGGGCGGUGGGAGGGGAGGGGGGGAGUUAUCGCGUAAUCUCUGGAAUAGCUAAUAAAGAUCCUUCCAACACAUCCCACGCACCACGUACGCAUGCUGAAAGCGUGCAGAAAGUGAUCCACUCUCUUGUGUUGUAGCGAUUAGUGAUUGGUUUUGCGUUAGGUUUGGUGAAAAAACCACCGCAUCAGGACUGAUUUUCCCCUAAUGAAAGCAAAAAAAAACAAAAAGAAAUGAAGCAACAUAACGACAUAACUGAAGCUGAAAAUUAACCAUGCACUGGAAUCGAGUUAUCGGUUUGCCGGUGGGAGGUGGGAGAAAAUUAAUCAAACAAUAUCAACUGAACUGUAGCAAGCCGAACGAUGUGAGGGUGCAUUAAGUAAGUAGCGAUGAGCAGGAGGAACGAGAGAAAAGUACCUACAUGCGAGGGAAAUGAAACAACAUUCAAACACAUAUCCAGCAGCAAGCAAGCCAGCUAGUGCAUUUCAGACGAAAUCUAUCGGAACGAAUACAUAUCAAUGCGCACUUCAAAGGGCAAUUUUACAAUUUUAUCGUAUAACAUUUUCCGCUCCCCGUUCUGGCGAGCCGGACGGGAAAGCAGAGCACAUCAAUGGCAUGAGUUACACGAUUAGUUAGUAUCAAUACGCACCUUUCGGCUCUUGUAAAAGCUAUCCAAACCUCUGGCUCUCUCCGACGGAGACAACUGAAUGAAAGCGAUGGUUAAGGAUUGUGCAAGUUCUGCCAUUGCGGGUUGAAAAAGCAACUAAGCCGGAAGGGUGGUUAACGAAAAUAUAUCACAUGUUUUUAUCAAUCUUUCAACGUUCCACUGUGAUUUGGCGCCGAGUGUACAGUCCACACAAGUUACGUAACGUAAAUGUAAUCUUCUCUUCUCUUCUCGAUAGUCCGCUAGCCACACACUUUUGCUCGUGGCGUAUUUGCAGCUGUGUCAUGCUCCAUUCGUCCUAGUUGUUCAAACCCGUUGGCUUGUAUGAUAGCGCUUGAGAGGUGAUAUCGCGAAGGGAAAGAAAAAGUGGAAAAAAAAAACAAACCAAAAAUACACAACCAGGAAGCUAGCUUCACCGUUUUCGUCCAUUACAACAAACAAUUACUACCAAUGCAUAAUAUUGAUUGAAAACAAUACAAUAACAUAACCUUGCUGAUAUAAUCGGUUCUUAUGCAAACAAUACAUAUCGUUAUACAUGAAUAUAAAUAUAUAUAUAUAAAUAUAUACACAUACAUAUAUACAUACUAUUACAAAACGUUAUAUCAUGGAAAAGAGUAUCAGCUAAGAAGUCAAAUCCAAAACGUUGCAAACAAUCCGCUCUAGUUUAAGAAAGUUGAGGGAAUGAACAGACAAAAAAACCGCUGGUAGUAGUGUUGUAAGUUGGUAGAAGUGAAUGAAAAACUUACUCCCAGGAAAAAAAGCAGAAAAAAAGAACAAAAUAAAGGAAAACUAUUUGAGAAAAAAAAACACACAACACCUUUACAUAAAUUCAUACUGGCUGAGGCAUUUUGAACUUUUAAUCUUCUACACAUACACAC